AUGAAAAUUCAAGUUUCGACGUUCAAUCUCAAUCAAAAAUCUCUAGCUAGCGUUAAACCUGGUGAUAUAUCACAAUGGUUGCUGCCUCGCUCAGAUCCAGCUGAUUUGCCUGACAUUUUGGUAGUCGGUACUCAGGAAUCACUCCAAUUACACCAAGCGCUUAGCAACUUCAACACAACCGACAACCUAAGACAGACAUCCUCAACUAUACACAGAACUUUAUCGAAAUACACUGAUUCAAGCAGCAUCGAUCCGAUAUACUCUUCAGUAUCACAGGCCGCAUUCUCUAACCUCACGCUACUCAUAUAUGCUCGUCCUAAGAUCUUGCCGUCUAUUGAAGGUACUACGACAUCUAGCGUCGGCUUUGGUGUUGGGAACAUCAUGUCUAACAAGGGCGCGGUGUCCACACGUCUUACAUUGACCAAUGGUGAGGUCUACACGUUCGUAAACGCUCAUUUGGCAGCACACGAUGAGUUCCUCGAGAGACGCAACCAAGAUUAUAGGACGCUAGUUAGUCGUCUCUCACCGUCUAUUUACGAUACCAACCAUUUGUUUGUCUUCGGUGAUUUGAACUACCGUCUAAAGGCCAAUCCAGAUCAGAAGAUAGUCGACUUGGAUAAACUCUCGAACGAUGACCAGCUUACUCAAGAAAUGCAGAAAGGUAAUACCAUGAUUGGAUUGCAAGAGGGUGAAUUCUUUUCUUUCCUUCCAACCUACAAGUAUCACGUUGGUACAGUCGAUGGUGUAAACAAUAAGCGAACACCAAGUUGGACAGAUAGAGUUCUCUAUGCUUCUUCAAGUACCGCUUCCAAGACAUUGUUCUAUGAUUCAUUCCCUAACAUCACGAUCAGCGAUCAUAAACCAGUGACAGCAAUAGUUAGUCUAGAUGAUGACAGCAAGUCGGCGCUGUCUAUCAAAACCAACGUGGAUUUCGAUCCUCAAGCAGAGUAUAAAGCUUAUCUCGGUUUAUUUGCUGACAGGUCAGUCGGUUAUGCUUGGGCUAGCUUAUAUACGUUGGGUUAUGGGGAUAGUCUGCGCGGAAGCAUUAUCACUCUCGCAGUGCUAUUCCUCAGUUACUACCUUGUACACUAA